AUGGGGGGGAACUUGCUUCAGGCCUUUUCGAGUCUGACAAGAAGCCUAAGUAUAACUUCAGUUGAACAACCGAUUGAAAAAGCACAAGGAGAUAAAGUUACGUUGCCAUGUACUUUUGUACUCUCAGAAGAAGAUGAAGGCCCACUAGAUAUUGAGUGGGUAUUGAUACCAGCAGAUAAUCAAAAGAAGGAACAAAUAAUAAUUAUGUAUGCUGUAGACAGGAUUUAUAAUCAUUAUUAUGCUGCUAUGACUGGACGGAUGCAGUUUACUAAUCCUGAUCCCAGAUCUGGUGAUGGUUCAUUGGAUAUCUUAAAUUUAAAGUCGGCAGACACUGGCACGUAUCAGUGCAAAGUGAAGAAGGCGCCUGGAGUUCAAAGCCAAAAAAUACAGCUGACUGUACUUGUAAAGCCAGCGAGAACUAAAUGUUCCAUUGAAGGAUCACAGGAGAUUGGAAAAGAUGUUAUCUUGAAAUGUGCAUCACAAGAAGGAUCCCCACUUUUGUCUUAUGACUGGAGGAGAGUAUCUGGCAAACAGGAACUUCCUGCCACUUCCAUGCUGAAUAAAAAUACAGGGGAACUUCUCUUGAAAAAUGCCUCUCAAGACUAUUCUGGUACAUACAGUUGUGUUGCCUCAAACAGAGUUGGCACAGAUGAAUGUUCUCUUGAGCUGAAAGUCACCCCUCCUAUAAAUACAGCUGGUAUAAUUGCUGGAGCUAUUAUAGGAACUGUGCUGGGUCUUUCUGUACUGGCUUUUCUUGUCAUCUGUUGCUGUAAGAAACACAGAGACAAGAAAUAUGAGAAAGAAGUACAUCAUGAUAUCAGAGAAGAUGUCCCACCUCCAAAAAGUCGCAGUUCAACAGCACGCAGCUACAUAGGCAGCAAUCGUUCUUCUCUGGGUUCAAUGUCUCCCUCAAAUAUGGAAGGAUAUACCAAAACUCCAUAUAGCCAAGUCCCAAGUGAAGACUUUGAACGUCCUCCUGGUCAAAAUGCAACCUUUGCACCUUCAAAGGUAGCUGCACCUAAUUUAAGUAGAAUGGGAGCUGUUCCUGUGAUGAUUCCAGCACAAAGCAAAGAUGGGUCCAUAGUAUAAAAUAUUAUUAAUUUAAAUGCUGGUUUUGAUGUGUUCAUUGUAAGUGUUAGAGAAAACUACUGUGUUCCAUCCCUCAUUUAAACAAUGGCAUGCAAUUUUCCUUGAAGAAACUGAACAAGCUAGUGUGAAAAGCCACCAAUUCUCAUUUUUAAUUUUAAACUUAUUAGUAUGACAGUUGAACUAUUUGCUAAAAGCGUUGAAGAUCCUAAAUAUCGGACAC